CUUUUCCGCUCUGUCUCUCUCUUUCUAUAUAUUCAUUGACCCACUAAGCAGUACGCAUUCUCUUACUCUAUCUCUCUCUCGUCUCAGUUACGCUUACGCAGUUGCGUUGAGGAGAAUAAGAAAUGGCCAAAAUUCCCAUCUUUUCGGUGGGGAUUAUGCUCUUGCAUUGUUGGGCAGCCAUGACAGGGGCAGAGUACUUGAAAUAUAAAGAUCCAAAACAGCCACUCAAUAAUCGAAUCAAGGAUCUUAUGAACAGAAUGACUUUAGAGGAAAAAAUUGGCCAAAUGACGCAGAUUGAUCGCAAGGUUGCUUCUGCAGAAGUCAUGAACAAGUAUUAUAUUGGAAGUGUGCUAAGUGGGGGUGGCAGUGUUCCAAGGGCACAGGCUUCUGCAAAGGAUUGGAUUCACAUGGUGAAUGAUUUUCAGAAGGGUGCUUUAUCGACUAGAUUGGGAAUUCCAAUGAUAUAUGGGAUUGAUGCAGUUCAUGGCCAUAAUAAUGUCUACAAGGCAACAAUUUUUCCUCACAACGUUGGGCUAGGGGCUACCAGGGACCCUAAACUAGUGAGAAAAAUUGGAGAAGCAACUGCUCUUGAAGUUAGAGCAACAGGAAUUCAAUAUGUGUUUGCACCUUGCAUAGCGGUCUGUAGAGAUCCAAGAUGGGGAAGAUGCUAUGAAAGUUAUAGUGAAGAUCAUAAAGUAGUUCAAGCUAUGACUGAGAUUAUUCCAGGACUGCAAGGUGAUAUCCCACCAAACUCAAGAAAGGGUGUUCCAUUUGUUGCUGGAAAGAAGAAAGUUGCAGCCUGUGCCAAGCACUAUGUUGGUGACGGUGGAACCACAAAGGGAAUCAAUGAGAACAACACAGUGAUAAGCAGGCAUGGAUUGCUUAGCAUUCACAUGCCAGCCUAUUAUAACUCAAUCAUCAAGGGCGUUUCAACGAUUAUGAUCUCUUAUUCAAGCUGGAAUGGACAAAAGAUGCAUGCUAAUCAUAAUCUAAUCACGGACUUUCUGAAGAACACACUACGCUUCAGGGGUUUUGUCAUAUCGGAUUGGCAGGGAAUUGAUAGGAUUACUACCCCUUCUCAUGCUAACUACACAUAUUCCAUUUAUGCUGGAAUCACUGCUGGGAUUGACAUGAUAAUGGUUCCCUAUAAUUACACAGAAUUUAUAGAUGGCCUAACCUCACAGGUGAAAAAUAAUCUCAUACCCAUGAGCCGAAUUGAUGAUGCAGUAAAGAGAAUUUUGAGGGUCAAGUUCAUUAUGGGCCUGUUUGAGAACCCGUUGGCUGAUUACAGCCUAGUCAAGCAGCUUGGGAGUAAGAAGCAUAGAAAAUUGGCUCGAAAAGCUGUGAGGAAAUCAUUGGUUCUAUUAAAGAAUGGUGAAGAUGCUGAUCAGCCACUGCUCCCUCUUCCUAAAAAGGCUUCAAAAAUUCUGGUUGCUGGAAGCCAUGCUGAUAAUCUAGGAUAUCAGUGUGGUGGCUGGACAAUCGAAUGGCAAGGACUUGAAACCAACAACCUCACUAAAGGUACAACAAUUCUCAGUGCUAUCAAGAACACAGUUGACAAAGACACGGAAGUGGUCUACAAAGAGAACCCUGAUUUAGACUAUGUCAAGUCUAAUGGUUUUUCGUAUGCCAUCGUGGUAGUUGGAGAGAAACCAUAUGCUGAAACAAAUGGUGAUAGCAUGAAUUUGACAAUAUCUGAACCUGGACCAGACACCAUAAUGAAUGUAUGUGGAGGAGUAAAAUGUGUUGCUGUGAUCAUCUCUGGUCGUCCUGUGGUUAUACAGCCAUAUCUUCACCUAAUUGAUGCCCUUGUUGCGGCUUGGCUUCCAGGAAGUGAGGGACAUGGUGUGACUGAUGUCUUAUUUGGUGACUAUGGUUUCAGAGGCAAGCUUCCAAGGACAUGGUUCAAAACUGUUGAUCAGUUGCCAAUGAAUGUGGGAGAUUCUCAUUAUGAUCCCCUUUUCCCCUUUGGAUUUGGUCUUGAAACCAAACCCCCCAAAGCCAAUUAGGAAUUGAAAAUAAUGGCUCCUUUUACCCUUUUUUUCUUUCAUAUUUUUAGUCUGUUUACCAUUCUCAAUAAAGUUCGAUCCCUUUUUCAUUCUCUAUUAAUCAUAAUGAAAUACAUAGGUAUUGUUCUAUGUACCUUGAAAAUUUGGACAUUUAA